CUAACGACAGAAAACUUCAGUCUAGGUCAGGUGCUCUCCUAAAUCAGACAAGAUGAUGAAAUUGGUUUUGUUCACCGCUUCAAUAAUUGCAGCAGCUUCUGCAGCGUUCCCAUUGCUACCACGUCAAUACCCAACUAGACUUCCAGUGUUGCCAUCUCCAAUACCAUCUUAUGUCCAACCAGGAAAGGUUAUCGCAAUUCUUCGUUUAGAUAGCGAUAUUGCUCCAGAUGGUAGCAGUUACCAGUAUGCAUAUGACACGGAAAAUGGAAUAUCUGCUCAAGAAUCUGGUAGCUUAGUAGCUGCUGGUCCUGAACCAGCUCUAGCUGCAAGAGGGUCCUACCAAUACACCUCUCCAGAAGGUGUUCCAGUUCAGAUUUCUUACAUAGCCGAUGAAAAUGGAUUCCAACCUUCUGGAAAUGUGUUGCCCACUCCGCCACCAACCCCGCUAGCCAUACUGAGAUCUCUUGAAUACAAUGCAGCACACCCUGAACCUCAGGGCCCUAGCGGUCCCUUCAAAAAGUAUUAUAAGUAAAUUACUAGAUUGUUGUGUGAUUCGGUGUGUAUGUUGUGACUGUUUGUUAUGAUAAAUAAAUUUAUAAAUUUCA